GCCACCUGCUAUAACGCUUCAGGAGGCAGAGGUCAGUCUCUUAGACAAUGAGGACUGUAACGCCUAUUAUAGAUAUUCAGACCCCAACGCAACUGGCUCAAAAUCUGUUGGUGUAUUUGACGACAUGGUGUGUGCUGGGGACCCCAUGAAUGGAACAUCCAUCUGCCGGGGAGAUUCUGGGGGUCCCCUUGUCUGCCCGCUGGGCGGUGUUUGGUACCUGUUUGGACUGACCAGCUGGAGCGCAGAAUGCCGUUUUCCCGUUGGUCCCAGUGUCUUCACCAAUCUCAGCUACUUCGCUGACUGGAUCAAGCAGCACCAGAAGGAGGCUCCCACCCCCAGCAGCAUCAUGGCCUCAUCUACACAAAAGCAGCCUGCUCUGAGCCCUGUCCUGAAGCCCAGGAUGACUGUGCUGCUGUCUGCUCAGUUCCUCCUGCUGUGGCUGAGUUUGGUCAGUGCUCAGUGACAGGCUCCCAGCAUGUCCACGCCCAGCUUUCCUCCACAAGGCCCCUGGCUGAGCUCUGCACUGUCCUUCCAUGCUUCCAUCUCUGGGCUGUCCUGUCCAUCUAAGGCCCAGGCCUGAUGAAAUAAAAACAA